AAUAACUUCAACCAGCCACUCGUUCGAUGCGAUGCCGACUUUAACCGGUCAAUAUAACCAACCCUCUAUAAAAAGAUAAAAUAAAUAAAUGCCUAGAUUCACUCUUUUACGGCUUAUAAAAUCUUUCCUUCUGUUCUGGAUCGCCCUGGUUGGCCUCUGGAUCUUUCUUCCGUCGCUAUCGCCAGCCCCAACCAACUUGCGCGAUCACUAUAUUCAAAAUAUUCUCACUGCAGGCCAAACUCUCCACACUGUGCACAAGUGGCAUCCUUCAUAUGCCAGUCCAGGCGCGAGUGGCCGUGUUCCGCACCCAUCCGAUGACUGCUCAGGCUUAAUCAUCGAUUGGCGCUUGGUAUCUGAUGUGCAACACGACUCGGUCUCGCUGGACAUUGGCGAACAUGUGCAUCUGAAUCUGACCGAUGCAAUUCUGAAAUCCACGCAAAAGAACGAUGACGAUGAUGCGGACCUCUUCACCCGCAACAAUGAAUUAUAUGUCAGCGAAGUCCUCAACGCCCACAUCAACGCCGGCGAUGAGAACCAUGUAAUCAACAUGCCCUGGUUCCGAUGGGCCGAUAUGGCACUAUUCCAUCACCAGAUGCACGGCUUCACAUACGCCAUCCAAAUCCGCGUCGUUGCGCGCGACGGCAAACGCGUCGAGAUCUGGAAAGCGUCGACCCUCGACAACGGCGACGACGUCAACCUGAUCGACCCGCGCCCAUCGGACCGCGAGUUUGGCGUCAUCGCGUCAUUCUCGGACCUGCAAGUCACGCAGUCUGCACGGUCGGGGAUUUCGGGGAUUGUGGUGUCGGAUGUCAAGGGCGAGUUGCCGUCAAAGACGUAUCCGACGCGGUCGUUUCUGCUCGUUUACCUUGCGCCAGUGCUGAGUGUUUGUUUGAUGCUUGUGCUUUAUGUUAUUAUGCCGUCUUUGACGACCGUGGUGUUGCCGUUGGUCGCCGUGUAUGUGGUUGUCGUUGCCAUUUGCUGGUGUUGCUCUGGGCGCAAGGAUUUUGUGGAGUGGCGUGCGAACUUCUGGAUGACUCGCUGUUUCUUUGCGAGUAGUCGACGCCGGAAAAGAAGCCCUGGCGCUGUUGUUAUCUGGGGUCCUUCUGGUCCUGUAUAUGAGGAGAGAAGCGAGACAGAUAGUUUAAUUGGCUCUAAGCGCGGGUAGGCUAUAUAAAAUGCUAUGAUUCAUACAUAUAUUUUUUUAUGUCCGUACCUCGCCUACCUAUGCAGGAUUUAGCAUUGAAGAACCCGGCAUGCCGAACGGCAUACGCUGUUCAUCCCCUGACUUGGUGUAAUCUUCGCUGCUCAAGUGUAUAUACUCGUGUAUAUCAAUACUCCGUAGGGUCAAGCGUAUAUACUCUGUAGGAUGGUAUCCCGUCAUACGACUCAGGUUUGGUUGAAAUUAGACUAGGACAUCGUACUGCCUACACCGCUUCGUUUGUAGAAGGAACCUUCCUCAAAGGUCAGAUAGUUAGUUCUCUGGUUUAGUCAAUCUCUUGAUUCCGGAACAAUCAGUCAUCGUACACCCCCGAUGGCCGUUGCUCAGCCGAUGAUCUAGUCGUCUCCUAGAUUACAUAUGUAAUACAGAACAUUGCACCGAGUAUCAAUAUCAAUCAUAAGCGAGAGAUGCUCUUUAUUCGGCACCCUUGCUUCU